AUGAAGGCGUUGCCGAUUUUGUUUGCUUCGGCGAUCGCUAGCAAGAAUGGAGGGUCAGGUUGCUAUACUUGCAUGAUCAUUAGCACGUGGGUAGAGCAGUACUCCCGGGCAAACAACAUCCGCUACGAUGUAGGCAUGUCUCAAUUUUGCCAAAAACUCGGGCGAUUGGAACCUAUUUGCCAGGAAUUUUCUGCUGAUUUAGGAGCGUACUUCCAGGAGGCAUUCGAGCUCGGAAAUACUGUUGAUAGCCUUUGCUACUGUAUGGGAGAGUGUUACAUUUCAGAGGGACACCGUUACUGCUCAUUCUAUCCUGAGAAAGAAAACGAUGGCUGUCCAGCAAAUACUGAUCAAAUUAAAAUAUCCUUGAUGGAAAUGAAGUCGAGACUGGAUGAUUUUUGCAUGGAAGGACCGGAAAACUUUGCGAUUUGCAAGGGAUUUGCUUCUUUUGGUUUUGAAGAUUGGCUUGAAGAAAUCGUGGAUAGACUAGAUAGACACGUCCCGGCAAUCGACGACGAUGGCGAUUUAUUCGGCCUCCGAACAGGCGGUGCAAGAGGAUUUUGGUGGCGAGCAAAAGAUUGCAUCGACCAAGAAGACACUAUUUACCCAGGGCAACCUCCUGUGAGAGGUGACAGAUUCAUCGAUGCAAAUUGCAACGGAAUAUCUGGAAUGGAGAACGAUGUCUCAAUCGAAGACACUUAUUGCGCUGACAGUGGAGCGAUCGGCGUCGCUGUUCUUGGAGACUCUGCUGGAGCCCAUUUUUCGAUCCCAGAAGUUUGGUUUACGCCACAUCUUUGGACCGAAGAAUCGAUGCCGUUCAAAGACGCUGAAAUCGCGCUGGCGAACGAGCUUGAUUGGCCGCAUCUUUCUUGGAUAACCGGAUUCAAAGGAAAUUGCUGGGAGACGGGGCCCAAAUCGUGGGUCGACGGAAAGUACGUUGAUUCCAUUUAUUCUCGCCUUGUUGAGCGAAAUCGCUGCAAUUUGAACGACUUCAUUAAUCAAGCCAACAAUGGCUGCAAAUCGUCGAGCAUGGCGGACAAGACUAUCUUUGGUCUUGGUAGAAAACAUCUGGACAAACCAAUGCUAGUGUUCUUAUCGCUUGUCGGAAAUGAUGUUUGCAACACGAAGAUAAAUACGGAGGAAUAUAUGACCACUCCGGAAAGAUUUUACGAGAAGACGUUGGAGAGCCUCAAUUAUUUGGAGACGAUUCUCCCCGAAGGAAGCGCAGUUGUGGUGACUGGCCUUGCUCAGGGAGAGCUUUUGUUUGAAAUUCUAGCAAAGGCUGAUCGGCUGCACCCUCUUGGGGAACUCGAUCAAGACGCAACUUACGAAGAUUUCUACAACUACAUUGAAUGCCUUGAAGUUUCUCCCUGCACCGGCUGGAUGUCUUCCGAUCAGUCUCGACGAGAUUUCACAACUGAGAGAGCCCAAAAUCUAACUGCUACUGCUGAAAUUUUGGUUGAAGACCAACGAAAUAAUUUCAACAAUUUCGAACUCAUUUACAUGGACUAUCCUCUCGACGUGGCUUUUGAGAUUCACGAGAAAAAUGGCGGAGAACUAUGGCAAGGAAUUGAAACGACUGAUGGUUUCCACCCGAGUCACACAGCUCAUGUGCUUCUUGCAGAACUAUUCUGGGAUAGACUGAUGCGAGAUUAUCCUCAUAUUCUUGGCCCAGUCAAUCCACAUAAUGAAAAACUAGCUGCAUUGCAAAAUGAGCAGCUGCUAACAUGCAACGGCGAUGAAUAA